AGUAUAUUUAUGACGGUUGGUUUGGACCCCUGGUUUAGUCGGUUAUGUUGGUACCUCUGUUGUUUGAUUUCAUUCAGUUGUUCUCCUGACAUUCAAGUUUGAAAGUCAGACAAGUCAGAAAUAACCGGUAACCAGCCUGUGCAGUCUCGAAUGUAAUUCGUGUAGCAAAAUUAAUACAAUAGUGUAUAAUAUCGGAAAAGUGCACGGAAUGAAAAAUACAUUUUUCGAAACCCAACUUUAAGAAGUGCAUGUGUUAGUGUUUCUAGAAUUCCGUGUUUUGAUAAUGGAUGGUCCUUAUAGAGCAACAAAAUUGUGGAAUGAGAUGCUUCAUACUUUCAAGCACGGUAUGCCUCUGAGAAGACACAGAAGACACAUGAAAGUUUACGAAAAUUGUUUUAGUGGUGCUGAGGCUAUUCAGUGGCUUCAGUUAGCAUUGAAAGAUAAUCCAAAUAUUAAACCAGGUAUAAGCAAGACCCAAGUUCGCCAACUGCUGAACAAAUUUAUGAAGGCUGGGGUAUUUUCUUCUGUGUGUUCUUCUGAUGCUCAGGAGUUCAAAGAAAAUGAAAUUUACCAGUUUUCGUCUCAAAAUAAUGGUUUCCAUCUUCUUUCAUCCCAUGACUAUACCAAAGCACCAGCAAAGACGGUUGAAGUAGGAUUACAAGAAUCAAGAAAAGCAAUGAAUGUUAACAAGAAAGAAAAUGUGUUGCCUGCUAAUAACAUGCCGCCUUUCCUACAAAAUUCUAGGAUUCCACUUGAAAAUUGUACUUUUAAAGAUUAUAACACUGAAAUGAAACAGGUUCUCAGAAGAAAGGAAAGCUUUACUCAUAUGGAGAAACCUGGCCAUAUUUUGAACAGAUGUGAAAAUAAAAUACAAAAGGAAAAUCCUGCGUUUUCUUCCCAGCCAUACGAUUCAACACGUUCUAUACCAAUUCCCCCUAAAAAACCACAACGACGGUUAGAAUCUUGCACAAGUCUCUCCAAUACAUGUGCCACAAAUAGGUAUGAUGCCAACCAAAAUUUGAAUAUAGAACAGAAAUAUCCACAGCAUGAAGCACGUAGUAUUCCUAGAAACACCAUGAACUCCUGCACCCAUUUUGAUAGACAUACUCAUGCCAAAAGUUACCCAAGUUCGACACAUCGAUCUCCUCCCUAUGAAUCUGCAUGCCAUAUGAUCUAUGAGGAUAAGUUGAAUGUUCCUGUGUCAUAUCAGGAAAGAACGUCUGAUCUAUGUAAAUUUCCUCGUAGAACAGUUAACAAUGAUACGGUUUGUAUGAGAAAGACUAGGGCAGUGGGACAUAAUGAAAAUUAUCAGCAAUACCCACUGUACACUCAUCCUGGCAACGCACCUACUGUAGUGAAUAUGGAACACAGACCCGGUUAUCCUUCAGUUCCUCUGAAACCACUGCACAGUAACGUCAUUGCAAUGCAUGAUGCCAGAGGAAAUUAUGAUCCCCAUUCUUAUUCACAUUAUAGAAGAGAUCCUGCUGAAAAAAUUAUGUCUGAUACCAAUUCUCAAUUUUCCUCUAGAGAAAAUAAUCGUUAUGAAACAGCCAAAUAUUCAAUCGAAGAGAAACAGAUAUUAAAUGAUGGAUAUAAGAAGUUGACAGAUAUACCACUUGGAAAUGCAGCUCCACCUGGACCUGUCAACACUCUUGUGUCAAGUUCAGAGUCUGAAAUUCGGGAUGCUUGGAAGAUGAUAUUUAUUUUGCGGUUGGAGACUGUGCUGGCUGGAAUGGAGGAAAUUACAUCUCUUCUACCUACUAAUUUUAGGAUUGAUUGGCUGAUUAGAAAUGUUCAGGAUCAAAUGGAUACAGUACCAAGAUCAUCUAGUGUCGAGAGUGGACUAGAUGAAUGGCCAGAGGAUAUUAUCAAUAAUUACAGAGAACAACUCUCAGGGGUUAAAGAACCUCUGAUUUCUCCUGAUUUGUACAGUCUCAUCACUGAGGCCUAUCUGUAUGUAGAGCAUAUUAAUAAUGCUAGUACACAGUUUAUGUGUAAAACGAGGGAAUCAAUGCUUGCCAGUAGAUCUGUAGAAAAUUUGGUUUUGGGUAUGGCAAGUCCAUGUGCGUCUGAUGUGAAGAAUGUACGGCAAACACAGAACAAAAUGACUGCUGGAUCAGCAGUUUACUGUUACGAAACAGCCUUUGCUUCAGAAUCUCCGAUAACAAGAAUAGUGCCACAGUCAACUAUAAAAGAUGUUUAUUUCUCCCGCCAAAAUACGUAUUCUAGAAGCUUUAGGUCAUCACGUGAAAGACUCCCACCUGAAGAACAAAUUAGAUGUUAUGAUAGAAAUGUUAACUCUGGUGGCUUGGUUGGAGAAGUCUACCCUCCAAGAAGUAUGUGGCGGAGUAAAAGUUCUCAGGAUAUGAAAGACGCUGUAUGUAGCAGUAAUGUAGAUAAUCCAAUUAAAGAAAAAUCUCAUCGUAGCGGGCGUCGAUGGCGUAUGACUAGGAAACUGUCAGAAGCAGGUCAAAAAAGUUCUGGAUUGCAACAUUGCAGAAAUAAGUCAGGAGGGUAUGUUAACCCUGCAUUGUCCCAGUCAUUGGAAGAUUUAUCUAGUCAGAAAUUUAAUUGUGAAGAAUUAGAUUAUGCUGCAGCACUUGAGACUUUGCAGACACUAAUGCAGCAUACUCACAUGACAAUGAAUGACAAAAGAAAUGACAGAGUAGUUCUACAGGAAAGUUCAUGUGAUUUAAGUAGUGAAAGUGGUUCGUAUUAUACUGCUGCUUCUACACCUGAUAGACAAAAGUAUUCCAAUGUCUCUCUCACAAAAGAACAUGAGCAAAGCAAAUGGAAGCAACCAGCUCUUGGCUUAGGAAUUUCAGUAUUCCAGUUACUUUUGCUCCUGUUAUCACCAGGUAGCCGUUGCUUAUUGAAAAGGUUGUUGCGGUGUUUGCAUCAUUUACCUACUGCUAUCAAUACUGAGGAAGCUAUGCAGGUCAUUCAGUCUAUGACUCCCAAUGUUUUGAAUAAUGAACAGGAAAAUGAUAAAGCAGUACCAUAUAGGGUUGUGAAAUUCCUCGUUACUUUUUAUAAAGAAGUUUUUGAGGUUCCUGUGGAUCUACAGACAUCAGUUUCUAAACAUUUGAAUCAGCUAGCUCAAGCUCAGAGGGUUACGUACUGUGAGCAAGUUACGAAUAAACAAUUUGAAGAACAAGGUCUGUCUGGCUCCCAAAAAGCACUCUCGGAACUUUUAGAACAGAUAUUGAGUGAUAAAAGAAUGGGUGAAAAGGAAAAGAAGAGGAAGUUAAAAUUGUUUAAGGAGCGAUAUCCAAAUAUUUACAAACAACAUUUUCCUGGAGUGGGAGAAGAUCGCAUCAAUUCAGAGAAGUCUCGUGGUAUACUUCAGCUACCCUCCUUGGGUAGACUUAAGAACAUAAGGAUUUAGAUAACUGGGAAUUUUUGAAAAUUUAAAUGAUGUACUCUGUGAACUUUCGUAUUUUGUUAUUCAUAUUGUUAGAGAAUAAUGUGAAAUUCAGUUUGUUGAUGCAUGCCUAAGUUUCUGGAUUUAUUAGUGAUCCUCCUACAUGCCUCUGUCUUUAACGUAUGUGCUAUAAGUGUCUGAAAGACAGUAUACAUUUUUUUUUUGUUUGUUAAUUUAUACUUUGCGAGUUUUGUUAAUAUUAAAAAUAAUGGUUUGGAUUUAGGGAGUUAAGGUCAGCCAUCAAUAAUCAUGUUAUUGGGGUUGAGUUGUGAUUGGCACAAUCUUCCUCAGUUUUCCCUCCUUUCCCCUUCCGCUUCCAAUUAAUUGGCUUAUGCAUAUAAUUCAGUUCAUAUAACCUCUUUAUUCUUAUGAAAUAUUUGUAUGUAGUCAGAAAAUGCAGUAUUCUUGCAAUAAUGUUAUAUAUUUUAAAAACAAUGGUAUAUUUAAUAAUCUAUUUAAAAUAACAGAAAAUUUUAAGUUAUUUUGAUAUGAUUUUGUAAUGAGUGAAUGAUUUAAAAGUUUCAAAGGUACUCUCUAUUUGAAUUUUUGUGUUGGUGUUUACCAACACUUUAAAAAUUCUGUGGAAUUGGAAGUUUAUUGUACGUUUGCAAACAGUGAUCAAAUGUUUAAUUUGAGUGACAGAUAGUGAAAGAAGGGUUAUUAGAUAAGUAGCCUUUAUAGUGGUAUUACAGUGAAAAAUAUAAAUAACAAUUGUAUUUUUUUCUUGUAUUUUGAGUGUGAAUGAUGAUACACCCAUGAAGUACUAGGAUACGCUUGUGGCUUUCAUACACUUGUGAAACUCAACGUUGCACACAAGUAUUUAGUUAGAAAUUCGUUGUGCUGGGAUAUCACAAUACACCUGGAUAUUGCUUCAUAUUACUCAUCUGAACAUGAAAUGUAUUCGAUUUACUAACAGGUGAUUUUGAACCACAGAUAAUAAAUAACUAGACCAAGUAUUUUUAGCCUGCAUUACAUUAUGGAAUGUAGCUUGAAAAGUUAAUGUAUGCAAAGUAAAUACUCUUAUUAUGAUAUUGUAUGUGCUGUUUCUAUUUCUUAACAUUACAUUUUGAGAAAAUGUAGCAGAUGGAAGCCCUCGAUGAUAGGACGUAAUUUUAUAAAUUAUUUUAUUUUUUAGAUUUUUGUGAAUGUGAAAAUAAACACGGUUUGUGUUUGGUUCUGUAUUACUUUUAAUAGCUGCUCAAUUUUUCUAGUUCUGAAUUGUUUUGUAAUAAUUGUCUUUUGAAGAGAGUAUUAUUUUAACAUAGUUGAAAUAUUUGUUCUCUUAUGCCUGUUCUUUCUUUUCUUAAUUUAAAAAAUAAAAUAUAAAGGUUGAACUGAAGGAAGUUGUUUAAUGCUGUUAAUGUCAUUACUAAAAUACUGAUGUUAGCUAAUAUUUACAGCUGUUUUAAUCUAAUAUAAGCUGAAUCAAUAAUACAAGUUAAAUGAGGUGAUCACCAUAUUUUUGUAAUGCGUUUUUAACAAUAAAAUUCACUUUUCUUGAAUGGAUACCUUGUGAUAUACCCUGUUCCCAUGGGUUUGGUAAGCAAUUAUAUAGCAUGUAUGCAUGUAAUUGUAUGCACACGUGUGUACACAU